AUGCAACAGCAUCCUUCAAACGACCAGCUACCCUCCAUCGACUCGAUAAUCCACCUCUCGGCGCGCUCAAACAGCCACCCAGCAAGCGCGCAAAACAUGGCGUCCUCAACCCCCAUCACACACAUAGUCCUCUUCAAGUACCGGCCAGACAUCACCUGGACCGACUUCCAGACGCACUUUGAUGCCUUCCGGGCGCUCCAGUCGCGGUGCCUGCACCCGGACACGGGGAAGCCGUACAUGCUCAGCAUGCGCAUGGGGCAGAACAAUUCGUGGGAGCCCUUCAGCAAAGGCAUGACGCACGCCUUCGUGCUUGAAUUCGCCUCGCAAGCGCAUCUAGACUACUACCUGCUGCACGACGGCGUGCACGCGGAGUUCAGCCGGGCGGCGAAGCCGCUGAUUGAAGACUCGGUCGUCGUCGACAUCACGGACGGCGUGCUGUUCGGGCCCCGGCCGAAGAAGCCGGUCGGGCUGGGCGGGCUGUGGACGGGCGCGUGCCAUUGCGGGGACGUCGAGUGGGAGGUUGCCAUUCCGGAGGAGGAGGAGCUGAGGCAUAUCGUGUGCCACUGCGAUACGUGCAAGAAGCUAGGCGGCGGGCCCUACUCGUGCAACUACAUCGUCCCGCGCGAGGCGCUGAGCAUCCGCAAGGGCCGCACGGGCGAGUAUGCGUAUAAAGGUGCGAGCGGGAAGGAUGUGCAUUGCUACUUUUGCCCGAGAUGUACGUCCCAUGUCUAUCAUCAUCAGGAUGCUAUGCCGGAGAAGGUCAUUGUUCGUACGCUGCUUCUGGAUGGCGGGAAUGAGCUCCAGGCUGGGGGUGAGAUCUUUGCGGAGGGGGCUUUGGGCUGGGCCCAGGAUUUAAAGAGGGCGUUAACCCAACCAACGCCCUCGAAGAGCAACGCAAAGAGUAACGGCGCGAAUGGAGUCAACGGAGUGUAA